AUGGGGGGCAGCCUGCGGAUCCGAGGGCCCCGGGCGUCCUCCUCCCCCCGGAGGCACAUCCAGCACGGCCGGCAGGAGGAGGAAGAGGAGGAGUCUCUCCUCACCCCGCCCUCGCUGCACCACCUGUCUCCUCACGUGCUGUCGGGGUAUGUGGGGGGCCCUCUGGGGGGCCGGGGCAGAGACCGUAGAGCACUGUCCCUGGAGCUGCCCAACCUCCUGCAGCCGCUGGUGGUGCAGCCGCAGGUGGUGCAGCCACAGGUGGUGCAGCCGCAGGAGGUGCAGCCGCAGGUGGUGCAGCCGCAGGUGGUGCAGCCGCUGAUGGUGCAGCCGCAGGUGGUGCAGCCGCUGGUGGUGCAGCCGCAGGUGGUGCAGCCGCAGGUGGUGCAGCCGCAGGUGGUGCAGCCGCAGGUGGUGCAGCCGCAGGUGGUGCAGCCGCUGGUGGUGCAGCCGCAGGUGGUGCAGCCGCAGGUGGUGCAGCCGCAGGUGGUGCAGCCGCAGGUGGUGCAGCCGCUGGUGGUGCAGCCGCAGGUGGUGCAGCCGCAGGUGGUGCAGCCGCAGGUGGUGCAGCCGCAGGUGGUGCAGCCGCUGGUGAUGAGCUUCUCUGGGGAGAGACUGCACCAGGACUGCAACGGAAAGACGCCCCUGUCCCAGCUCCCACACUGCUCCACCCCACACCACAGCGAGCACGGAGAGAGGGGCCCCGACGAGCACGGAGCCAGGGGCCCCGGCCACAACCAGCUGCGCACAGAGGUCUACCCCCAGGUCAACCCCCGCACCAAGGACCGGGACGACAUGGACGACGACCUGGAAUAUAGCCUGUGUUUCCGGAUCCAAAAGAUGCUGGAGGCUUACAGACCAGACUGGUGCGAGAGCCGAGAGGAUUGGUCCACUUCCAUCUCAACUCAAACCAUCCACCUCCUCAUCUCCACCGUCACCGCAGGACCUCCAGCCUCCUCCAUCACCUCCUCAGCCUCCUCCAUCACCUCCUCAGCCUCCUCCAUCACCUCCUCAGCCUCCUCCAUCACCUCCUCCUUCACCUCCUCAGCCUCCCCCAUCACUUCCUCGGCCUCCUCCUUCACCUCCUCAGCCUCCUCCAUCACCUCUUCAGCCUCCUCCUUCACCUCCUCAGCCUCCUCCAUCACCUCCUCAGCCUCCUCCUUCACCUCCUCAGCCUCCUCCAUCACCUCCUCAGCCUCCUCCAUCACCUCCUCAGCCUCCUCCAUCACCUCCUCAGCCUCCUCCAUCACCUCCUCAGCCUCCUCCAUCACCUCUUCAGCCUCCUCCUUCACCUCCUCAGCCUACUCCAUCACCUCCUCAGCCUCCUCCAUCACCUCCUCAGUCUCCUCCAUCACCUCCUCAGCCUCCUCCAUCACCUCUUCAGCCUCCUCCUUCACCUCCUCAGCCUACUCCAUCACCUCCUCAGCCUCCUCCUUCACCUCCUCACCCCUUCAAUUCCGGCGGAUGUGCCAGUCCAUCAUCGCACAUAAGCUGUUUGACUACGUGGUGUUGGCUUUCAUCUUCUCCAACUGCAUCACCGUGGCUCUGGAGAGGCCCAAGAUCCUGCAGGGAAGUCUGGUGAGUGAUCCCAGUCUGAGGAAACACCCCGAGGACAGACUGAGGCUGGUUAGAGGCAGGAGACCCCAAAACCACACUCCAGUCUGUGGGAUUAAUGAAGAGUUUUAG